AAGGAAGUGUGUAUUCCCGCCACCUGUCACCUUGCCUGCAUGUGUUGCUACCCAGACUAGUGCUUGGCAAUUUUCUGAAGCCUUUUAUGCCUUUUAUGCUCCAGGGACGCACUGGAGCAUAAAAGGCACAGCACUGUCCCGCGGAGGCAGAAAAGCAGCCAUGAGGUUCCUUGUUCUCCUGCUGCCUUCCCUGCUCCCGCUGACGGGAUCUGCAACCUCAUCUUAUAACACUAAACAAUGCCCUCUCGGAUUCCACAAUAUUUACGACCACUGCGUCCAGUUCCGCACGCAGUCUGCCACGUGGCACCAGAUGUACAACGAGUGCUUUAACGUCGGUGCCAAUAUGGUCAAGCUCGAUGACGCAAACUUCAUGUACUACCUCGUCAAGUUUAUCUUUGACUAUGGAUUGGAGGGCCACCAUUAUUGGAUCGGCGCCACAGACUUUGAAGAAGAAGGUGUCUUCAGAUGGACGGACGGAACGGCGGUCAAGAUGGGGACGCCGUUCUGGGGCGACAACAGCGACCAGGUGCAAGAACCCGAUGGCGGUACCAGCCAGAACUGCGGAUUCUUGGCAAAGGAUGAUCAUUUCUUUAUGAUGGACUCACCGUGUGGUAAAGAAUUGUCCGUUAUCUGUGAGAUAAACUGACGAAGUUCAUGUCAAAAACCUGCUGGUCAGUAGACAUCUAAACAUUGAUAUUUCUCGUUUUAGCAACGAAUAUAUUUAGAUCUUAACCACAAUAA